AUGUCCGGUGUGGGCUCUCUUACGCAGGAUUGGGAUCCAGUCGUCCUUCGCAAGAAAGCGCCCACCGCUGCCGCCAAGAAGGACGAGAAAGCCGUGAACGCGGCCCGUCGCUCCGGCGCCGAAAUAGAAACUCAAAAAAAAUAUAAUGCUGGGACUAACAAAGCAGCCUCUAGCAGCACUUCAUUGAACACUAAGAGGCUGGAUGACGAUACAGAAAAUCUAUCUCAUGAGAAGGUGCCAACUGAACUUAAGAAGGCUAUAAUGCAAGCUAGGAUGGACAAGAAACUUACUCAGGCUCAGCUCGCUCAGCUGAUCAACGAGAAGCCUCAAGUGAUCCAGGAGUACGAAUCAGGGAAGGCCAUUCCAAACCAGCAGAUAAUUGGCAAGUUGGAAAGAGCCCUUGGAACUAAACUGCGUGGCAAGAAAUGA